AUGAAGGCUCUCACCCUGACGGAAAGCAUAAGAAGCUCGUCGAUGAGCAUUUUGUCCAGUUCCGAUGCAGAAGCAUCGAGGUUGUUGAGCUGGGGCCGGCGCUGCAAAGCAUCCUGGAAGGUCGGCGUGCUGGCGGCAGGGUUCAUGGGUCUACUGUGUCCCAUGCUAUCGUUAUUUCCCUGGGCAUCCAUGGAACUAUUCGACGCGUCUACUGUGCAGAUGCUGAGGUUUCUGCUGGCAGAAGGGCCGUCCAUCUUCAUUUUCCAACUCUGUCAAGGGCUCAAUGGCAUGGCUUUUGCUGGCUAUCUUGGGUGGAUACUCUUCCAGUGUCUGCUCUACACUGGGCUCCCGGGGCGCAUAUGCAAGGGACAUACAACCCCCGCGGGGUAUCUUCUCAGCUAUCGAUCCAAUGGACUGUUUGCCUUUGCCAUCUCGAUUCUUGUGGUCGUGGCGCUGUCUGUCGGCAGCGUCGUGGAUCCGGCGAUUAUUGCCUCCAACUGGGGAUCCCUUCUAUUGGUGGGCAAUAUAUAUGGGUUCGCCUUAUGUAUUCUGUUUUAUGCCAAGGCUAGCUUAUGGCCAUCCCAUCCAGAGGAUAGGAAAUUCACAGGGUCGGUCUUUUACGACUUGUACAUGGGGGUGGAACUGAAUCCCCGGUUUGGAAAACUGUGGGACAUGAAGCUUUUCCACAUCGGCCGCACUGGGAUGAUCUCGUGGAUUGUGAUUGAUCUUUCCUUCACAGUAUAUCAGUACCGACUGCACGGAUACAUCACGUCUUCUAUUAUCGUGGUUGAUAUUCUUCAUUUGCUUUACGUGGCAGACUUCUUCUUUCGCGAGGACAGGUAA